AUGGAUCCUAAUCAAGAUGACAUUGUUAUUGCUGGCAUUUCUUGCCGACUACCGGAAUCAAAUAACGUCUCAGAGUUCUGGCAACACUUAAUCGAAGGUGAAGAUAUGAUCACCGAAGAUGAUCGUCGCUGGACGCCCGGAAUGUUUGGCUUACCCAAACGCCACGGCAAAUUGAAAGAUAUUGAAAACUUUGAUGCAAUUUUUUUUGGCGUUCAUGCUAAGCAAGCAGAUACAAUGGAUCCUCAACUACGAUUGUUGUUAGAAGUAACUUAUGAGGCUAUUGUUGAUGCUGGUAUGAAUCCAAAUCAAAUAAGGGGCAGGAAAAUGGGAGUAUUCGUUGGAGAAAGUUUGACUGAAGCUAUACAGGCCUAUCAAUCUGAUGCUGAAUCUCAGAUCGGUUAUAGCAUGACUGGUUGCUGUUGCUGUAUGUUAGCAAAUCGUUUAUCGUAUUUCUUCGAUCUUAGUGGACCAAGUCUGUCCAUCGAUACUGCAUGCUCUUCAGCUCUAAUCGCUUUUGAUCAAGCUGUUAGAGCAAUUAAAAUGGGAACUUGUGAUGGCGCAAUUGUUGGCGGUGUAGCUCUAGAUCUUAAGCCAAAUACAAGUUUAGAAUUCUUAAAACUUGGAAUGCUAUCACCCGAUGGCGCAUGUAAAUCAUUUGAUGUUAGUGGUAAUGGGUAUUGCCGCGCUGAAGGCAUCGUUUCUGUACUCUUGCUUAAGAAAUCUGAAGCCAAACGUAUUUAUGCUUCCGUUGUUCAUACUAAAGCUAACUGUGACGGAUAUAAAGAGCAGGGUGUUACAUUUCCUAGUGGUGGAAUUCAACAUCGUCUAUUAAAGGAAGUUUACUCUGAAUGUGGUGUCAACCCUGGCGAUGUGAAUUACAUUGAAGCUCACGGAACAGGUACUAAAGCUGGAGACCCACAGGAAGUCAAUUCAAUCGCUAAAAUGUUCGCAGGAGAGGUCCGUAAUAAUAAGCCUUUGCUGAUUGGAUCAGUAAAAUCAAAUAUGGGACAUUGCGAGCCAUCAUCUGGAUUAGCAUCGAUUACAAAAUUGGUGAUGAGCUCACAACAUGGCAUAUUACCAGCUAAUUUACAUUUUAAAAAUCCAAAUCCUGAUAUACCAGGACUACUAGACGGACGCCUUCAUGUCAUAACCGAGCCUACACAAUUUCCUGAUGGUUACGUAGGUGUCAAUUCGUUUGGAUUUGGAGGUGCAAAUGUUCACGCCGUACUAAAACCUAAUAUUUACCAUGAAAGUGAGAGUAAAGUUACAAAGAGUAAAGAAUUAUCUAUAGCUUUGUGUUCUGGUCGUACAAAAGAAGGUGUAGAGAAACUAAUGGAACUUGUUAAAGAGCACCAUGAUCAUGCGGAUUUAAUCAACCUCAUUAAUGGCAUGUCUGAUACACCUACAUCAAGCAACUAUCAUCCACAGCGCGGUUUUACAAUAUUAAAUUCAGAUAAUGCUACUGAGGAGAUUAAUGCAGUACCAACGAGUAAACGUCCAUUGUGGUGGGCAUUUUCAGGAAUGGGAGUGCAUUGGAAUCAGAUGGGCCAAGAUAUGAUGAAAUUCAAGGUAUUUCGAAAGAGUAUUGAAAGGGCUCGUCAAGCAUUAUUGCCAACAGGACUAGAUGUACUAGAUAUGCUACUCAAUAGCAAUGAAAAGACAUAUGAAAACGUGAGAAAUUCGUUUACUGGUUUAGUAGUAAUACAAGUAGCACUAGUGGAUACUUUGAAAGCUUGUGGGAUUGAACCAGACGGUCUGUUUGGUCAUAGUGCAGGUGAAGUAGCUUGUGGUUACGCUGAUGGUGCUCUUACGCUAGAAGAAGCUGUACAGGUCGGAUACUGGAGAGGGCAAGCUAUUUUAGAUGCUGAAUUAGAUAGAGGUGCAAUGGCUGCUGUUGGGCUAACAUGGGAAGAAGCGAAAAUGCGUUGCCCAGAAGGUGUUGUAGCGGCUUGUCAUAAUGCAGAGAAAACAGUUACUAUUUCCGGCGAUCCAGAUAAGGUGGAAGAAGUUGUUAAGCAAUUAAAGUCUGAAGAAAUAUUUGCUAAAAAAGUCGAAACAUCCGGCGUUGCGUUUCACUCGCAUUAUAUCAAGAAAGCUGCACCCCUGCUCAAGGCUGCAGUUGAGAAAAUUGUUGCACAACCGAGAAAACGUUCAUCACGCUGGAUUAGCUCUUCAGUACCAGAAUCUCGGUUACAUGAAGAAUUCUCUAAAUUUGCUGGAGCAGAAUACUACGCUAAUAACUUAAUAAGUCCGGUGCUAUUCUACAAUGCCAUGAAGAAAGUACCAGAAAACGCUAUCGUAAUUGAAAUUAGUCCACAUCAUUUGCUCCAAGCUGUGCUAAAGCGUACAAUGAGUCCAACGUGUACGAUAAUGAAAACUAUGCGCAAAGAUAAUGCUCAUAAUCGGGAACUUUAUUUAACCACACUUGGUCAGCUGUAUAUGAAUGGAAUAAAUGUAGAUCCUUCACCUUUGCUACCAGAGACCUCACUACCGGUUCCACCUGGUACACCAUGCAUUUCACCAUCAGUAGCUUGGGAUCAUUCACAAGUAUGGACCAUACCAACAUUAGACAUGUUUAUGAAGAACGGCAGUAAAGAUGGUGGUGCUGCAAUCACCUUUAAUAUUGACGUCUCCCCUAAUUCACCUGAUCAUUACGUUCUUGGACAUGCUAUCGAUGGACGUGUACUAUAUCCGGCUACGGGCUAUCUCGUGCUUGCAUGGAAAGCAUUAGCUCGCCUUAAAGGUACAAUAUAUAACCAGACCCCAGUUGUUUUUGAAGAUGUUAAGAUUCAUCAAGCGACUAUUUUACCUACGACUGGGAAUAUUCAAUUGCAAGUCGAUAUCAUGCCUACCACUGGUAAAUUUGAGGUGUCAUCUGGUAGUAGUUUAGCUGUUUCUGGCAAGAUUAGCAUUGGUGAUGACAAUAUGGUAAUUAAUGAAUUACCGAAGUUUGGUACGGAAGAUUGUGCACCAUUAUCGAAAAAUGAUGUUUAUAAAGAGCUACGAUUGCGUGGGUACGAUUAUGGUCCGUCGUUUCAAGGCAUCGAAACUGCAGCACAAGACGGGUUGGCGGGUAAACUAUUAUGGAAUGGUAAUUGGGUAUCGUUUAUCGAUACUAUGUUACAAAUGUCUGUAUUAGGUUUGUCUGGUCGUGGUCUGAGGUUACCAACACGUAUUCGCUAUAUUCGUAUUGAUCCUCGUAAACAACCAUAUAAAGAAGAUGAUAAUGAAGAGUUUUUAGAUAUUAGUAUGAAUCCUUUCACGGACAUGUGUGUUGCUGGUGGAGUAGAGUUACAUGGCUUGCAUGCUACCGUUGCGCCCCGUAAGCAGGAUAAACAAAAUGCACCGAAUUUAGAGGAAUUUUGUUUUAUACCUUAUUUCGAAAGAAAUAUUUUAGGUAAAGACAAGAAUUUAUUACAAUACAAGGAUGACAUAGAAAAAUAUGCUGCAUUGAAAUAUGAUGAGUUCAAAAAGAAGUUUAACGGUCAGGUAGUACCUAACGCGAUUAAGAAUAUAACUGCAUUACAAGAAGCUGUAGGUGUAUGGGAAAACCUUAAUGAUAAGAUUAAUGCAUAUCAGAAUAGAGAAAACUGUGGCAUAUUCACACUUCUGAAUAAAAUAUGCGAAUUGAUACCUGAUAACACAUUCAGUAAAUCAGUAGAGGAAACAUUGUGGGAAAAUCGAAAAUUAUUCGUCGAUGACAUUCUUGGUGGCGCAUUGUUAGAUGACAGAUAUUUGAAAACAUCGAUGGAUAUAGUUUACGAAAAUAUAAUUAAUUUGCCAUUGAAAGUUGCAGAAAUGGGUGCCACUUAUGGUCAGAUGUUCAAUCGUGUAUUACCAGCAAUUCUUUCGCAACCAGAUUCUACUGUCAGCUAUACAGCUAUAGUGGGCAAUAAAGAUGAUGAAUCCCGACUUAGUCCUGAGAUAGAAAAAUUUAAUGACAUUUCCAUCGUCAACUUAAAUGGUAAAUCAUCGAUUGACGGAAAUUUGAAGAGAUCAUCAGAUCUGGUUGUGAGUAGUUAUGCUACCUUACAUGAAAAUUUAAGAGGAGAAGAUGAAGUAUCGAUGGCAGCUAAAUUGCUAAAAGAAGGCGGAUUUUUUUUGUUGCAUGAGUGCACUCGUAACUUUACGACAGCGUUAUCUAUAUUUGGAGUAAAUGAUAAAGCAUGGCAUAAUAAGAAUGAAUCAAAUCAUAAUCUGUUAUCCGAAGAUGAAUGGAUUAAAAUUUUAGAAGAUGAAGGAUUUAGUAUUAUAAGUACUAAGAGUGACGGUCUACUAUCAACGUUAUUCUUGUGUAGACUUAACGAUCCUGGAAAUGUUGUGGAUUCACCGAUCAUAUUAAACGUUAAUAAUCAAAACUUCGAUUGGUUAGACGAAUUGAAAAGAUUUAUGUUAAGUAAUAAAUCUAAUCAAAAAAUUUGGUUAUUGAGCGAUUGCAAUAGUACUUCAGGCAUUGUUGGCAUGACAAAUUGUUUACGCAAGGAACCUGGUGGUGAAAAUAUACGUUGUGUAUUUAAUGCACGACUGAAUGGCUCAAGUCCUGCUGUCAAAUUUUCGCAAGAAAUGAAGCUUAUACAACAACAUGAUCUGGUUAUGAAUAUUUAUCGUGAUGGAAAAUGGGGAUCAUUCCGUCAUUUAUCCGUUAGUAAAGAUGAAUCUUCGGCAAUAAAUAAUGAUCAAGCAUACGUUAAUGUUCUGACUCGUGGAGAUCUGUCAUCAUUACGAUGGUUCGUAUCACCGUUAAAAUAUGCUCAACCAAGAACUGAUGAAGCUUUAUAUUAUGUUUAUUACGCAUCGUUAAACUUUCGCGAUAUAAUGCUAGCUACAGGUAAAUUACCACCAGAUGCAUUGCCUGGCGAUUUAGCUACACAGGAUUGUAUAUUGGGUAUGGAAUUUGCAGGUAAAGACGAAAACGGUAAACGCGUAAUGGGAUUACUACCCGCUAAAGGUUUAGCAACUACUGUUCUAACAAAUAAAAAUUUCACAUGGGCAGUUCCAGAUUCAUGGAGCUUACGAGAGGCAGCUACGGUACCAGUAGUAUAUGCAACAGCGUAUUAUUCGUUAAUAACAAGAGGUCAACUAAAGGAUGGUGAAUCUGUAUUAAUUCAUUCAGGUACUGGUGGUGUAGGUCAAGCUGCGAUUGCUAUUGCAUUAUCGAAAGGUUGUACUGUUUUCACUACAGUAGGUACACAAGAAAAGCGGGAAUACUUAUUGGAGAGAUUUUCCCAACUGUCUAAAGAAAAUAUAGGUAAUUCACGUGAUUUAUCAUUUGAGAAGAUGGUAAUGGAAGGUACCCAAGGACGUGGUGUAGAUGUAGUAUUGAAUUCAUUAGCUGAGGAGAAAUUGCAAGCUAGUUUAAGAGUAGUUGCUCGUCAUGGUCGAUUUUUAGAAAUAGGAAAGUAUGAUCUGUCCAAUAAUACACCUUUAGGAAUGGCUUUAUUCUUACGUAACAUAUCAUUUCAUGGAAUUUUGUUGGAUGCUCUAUUUGAUGAGGGUAACACUGAGUGGCCGAAUGUAUCCAAACUUUUAUCAGAUGGUAUAGAAUGCGGCGUAGUGAAACCUUUAAAGACUACAGUUUUUGAUCGCGAAGAUUUAGAAGGUGCAUUCCGAUUCAUGGCUCAAGGUAAACACAUUGGUAAAGUCCUAAUACAAGUACGGAAUGAUGAUGAUUCAAUAAGUAAGGCUAUAAAUUUGAAGAGUUUGGCUCGAUGUCAUUGUGAUCCCGUUAAAAGUUAUAUUGUCACUGGUGGAUUGGGCGGAUUUGGUCUGGAAUUGGCACAAUGGUUGGUAGAUCGUGGAGCACGUAAAAUUAUAUUGACUAGUAGAUCCGGUAUUCGAAAUGGUUAUCAAGCUCGUAAAGUAAAAAACUGGAAGCAGAAAGGUAUUCAAGUAUCUAUAUCUAAAUGUAACGUGGCAUCGAUGGAAAGUACAGGAGAAUUAAUCAAAGAAGCAGAGAGCUUAGGCGAAGUAGGCGGUGUAUUUCAUUUAGCGGCGGUAUUACGAGAUGGAUUUUUGGAAAACCAAACCAAGGAAUUAUUCGACGAAGUGUCUAAGCCUAAAGUAGACGGUACUAUCCAUUUAGAUAGGGUAACGCGUAUGAGAUGUAGUGGUUUAGAGUGGUUUGUUAUUUUCUCAUCGGUGAGCUGUGGCCGCGGUAAUGCUGGUCAAGCGAACUAUGGCUAUGCCAAUUCUGCUAUGGAGCGUAUUUGUGAAAGACGACAUCAUGAGAAUUUACCAGCAUUGGCUAUUCAAUGGGGAGCAAUCGGUGACGUUGGUAUGGUUAUUGAAAGCAUGAAAGGUAGCAAUACUACUGUAGUGGGUGGUACAUUGCCACAACGUAUACAUUCGUGCUUAGAUGUGAUGGAGAAAUUUUUAAUCAGUAACUAUCCAGUAGUAUCCAGUUUUGUUCAAGCAAGCCGUGAGAAAGCAUCAGGUUCAAGUGACCAAUUAUCAUCGGAAGACUUAGUUAAGAGUGUUGCGAAUAUUUUGGGUAUUAAAGAUCCAUCAACAGUAAAUCAAGACUCUACACUUUCUGAUUUGGGAUUAGAUUCAUUGAUGGGCGUAGAGAUUAGGCAAAUUUUAGAAAGAGAUUUCAAUGCAACAUUACCCAUACAAGAAGUUAGACAGUUGUCUAUGAAUAAAUUGAGAGAGAUUACUUCAGCACUACAAAAUUCGAAUAAUAUAGACAAUGAUAAUGGUUCAGAAGAGUUAAAUGCUGUACCUGGAAUGCGAGUUAGCGAAUUACUUACCAAGGAACAAAUUGAAUUGGGUACAGUAGUUCGAUUAAAUGAGGUGAAUUCAGAUGAAGCACCUAUCUACUUUUUCCAUCCGAUAGAAGGAUCGAUAGAGCGAUUUAAGGAAGUAGCAAGUAAAUUAAAGAUUCCAGUUUACGGUAUUCAAUUAACACCAGAAGCACCAACAGAAACUGUGGAAGAGUUGGCUUCAUUCUAUUGGAAUAAAAUGAAAGAAAUUCAAAGUGAAGGACCGUAUCGUAUCUGUGGCUAUUCGUUUGGCUGUACUAUCGCACAUGAGGUUGCAAUUCAGCUACAACGAGAAAACAAAGAUAAUCUCCAUCGAAUGUAUAUGAUUGACGGUUCAUACUGUUAUACUAGAGAACGAUUACAAAUUUACAAAGCGCGGUAUCCAAAAGAAGUUAUUGAUGAUGAUACUUAUUAUUCGGAGUCUUUAUAUUAUUAUCUGAAGUCUUAUAUUUCUGACAUCUAUCACGAUCAGUUAAUCAGUCAGCUGAUGAGUGUUGCAUCGAUGGAUGAGAAAGUUAAUUAUGUUACAUCACUAAUUAUGGCAAAACGCCCUGAUAUUGAUCCAGAAUUUUUAGCUUGGAAUGCUAAAUCAUUUAUUGCAUUAACGCGGGCUGGUGGUGAUUAUCAACCGUCAGCUAAAUUUGAUGGUGAUAUCUUUAUGAUGACAGCAUCAGAUAGAGAUGGAAUAGGACAGAACCAAGAUAGGGAUUAUGGACAACAAGCACAAUGUAAAGGAAAGAUUGAAAUCGUUGUCAGUCAAGGCGAUCACAUUAGCAUCUUACAAGAUGAAAGUGCUAUAUUCAUUGCUGAUUAUAUAACUUCAUACCUUGUCUAA